CCCACAUAGAUAAUAAGAUAUUAGCUGUUAGAUUAUCGAGAGGUCACCAUGAAACUGUUUAUUUUUCUGUUUCUCCUGGAAAUACACGGCAUGGUGGGACCGACUCACUCUCUGAGAUAUUUCUACUCUUCUUCCUCUGGAGUCUCAAACUUUCCAGAGUUUGUAGCUGUUGGUUUGGUUGAUGAUGUUCAGAUGAUUCACUAUGACAGCAACACACAGAAAGCAGAGUUUAAGCAGCAGUGGAUGGAGAAAGCUGCAGAAGAUGAUCCAGAGUAUUUGUCCCGCCAGACUAACAGGCUCAUGAACACCCAGCAGGUCUUUAAAGGCAACAUCGACAUUUUGAAGCAGCGAUUCAACCAAACUGGAGGUGUUCACACUAACCAGCUGAUGUACGGCUGUGAAUGGGACGAUGAAACGGCUGAAGUUAACGGAUAUCAUCAGACAUGGAUCGCUCCAGUAACGCAGGCUGCAAUCACCAAACUUGAGUGGGACAGUGACAGAUCUCUUUCAGGUGAUCUGAGGAACUAUCACACCAAGCUUUGUCCUGAGUGGCUGAAGAAGUACGUGAACUAUGGGAGGAGCUCUCUGAUGAGGACAGUUCUUCCCUCAGUGUCUCUCCUCCAGAAGACUCCCUCCUCUGCCAUCAGCUGCCACACUACAGGUUUCUAUCCCAAAGGAGCUGAGAUGAUCUGGAAGAAAGAUGGAGAGGAGCUUCAUGAGGGUGUGAUUAAAGGAGACAUCCUCUCCAAUAACGAUGGGAGCUUCCAGAUGAGUGCUGAUCUGGAUUUUUCAUACAAGGACUGGAGGAGGUACAACUGUGUGCUUUAGCUCUCAGGUGUGAACGAGGACAUCGUCACCAAACUAGACAAAGCAGCGAUCAGGACUAAUGAGGGUUCUUCGGUGUUAUCUGGAUUAUGGGAAUACUGCUCCUCCUGACAGUCUGCUUCUCUGGAAUCUUCAUCUGGAUGAGAAAGUAUUAAAGUGAGAAAUAUGAAACACAUUUUGAAUUUAAUGCUCUUAUAAUUUGAUAUGUUUCAUGUCUGUUGCUUCCCAUGUGAUAAAGUUCAUAAAGUGUAAAUAUUUGUAUGAGAUUAUUUCUGCUUUCAUAUGUUCUGAAUAAAUAACUAUUGCUCUCUGUUUUCAGAGCUGUACUGACAGUAAGUAUUUGGUUUUUAUUUAAAAUGUUUGAGACAGAAGAUGUUUGAAAGAUUUCUCUGUGUGUGACUCAGUGCAGCUUUAGAAAGAAAUUUGUCGCUCAACCAUCUCAGCUUUGCAUGAAGUCAUCCUCUCCCAGCUGUCAUGACUCAAAGGUACAUCCAGGACAAGAUGCCAGUCUACCUGAGAAAGAGAGAGACAACCACACAAACUCACACGUGCAGGGAAAACUUAGAAUUAAAAUGAUUAAUUAAUUUCUGGUAAUUAAAUUAUUUUAGAAUAAACAUUUAGCUUAACCUACA